AUGGGCGCCGUUGCUGGCGAAGGCUUCGUCGGAGACCCUGCACGAGGUGUCGGAGGCGUGGGUCGCGGUUUCGGAGGAAUGGGCACCGUUGCUGGCGAAGGCUUUGUUGGAGACCCUGCACGAGGUGUCGGAGGCGUGGGUCGCGGUUUCGGAGGAAUGGGCGCCGUUGCUGGCGAAGGCUUCGUCGGAGACCCUGCACGAGGUGUCGGAGGCGUGGGUCGCGGUUUCGGAGGAAUGGGCACCGUUGCUGGCGAAGGCUUUGUCGGAGACCCUGCACGAGGUGUUGGAAGCGUGGGUCGUGGUUUUGGAGGAAUGGGCGCAGUUACUGGCGAACGCUUCGUUGACAGAGGCACAGGUGGUUCGGGGAUGGCAGUCGUCUCUCGUACGAUCCUGACUUCGGUCGGUAAUGGGGACCCAGACCCAGACCCAGACCCAGAACCAGAGCCGUACUUCCUGUUAUCUUCUGCACCGCCGCCAUCAGCGCCACCUCCGUCAUCGUCUGCGUGA